GGUCCGAGUCGCCAGAGCGGAGGCCGCCGCCGCCGGCUUCGAGGGAGGGUCUGGCCGCCGCCUGCUCCGCCGAGCGAGCUCGCCCUUCUCCGCAGGCCGCCGCGGGGCCCCCGCUGACAUGUCCAGCAUGAAUCCCGAAUAUGACUAUUUAUUCAAGUUGCUUCUGAUCGGAGACUCCGGCGUCGGAAAGUCUUGCCUCCUCCUUAGGUUUGCAGACGACACCUACACAGAAAGCUACAUCAGCACGAUUGGCGUGGACUUCAAAAUCAGAACUAUAGAGUUAGAUGGGAAAACAAUCAAGCUGCAGAUAUGGGACACGGCGGGGCAAGAAAGAUUUCGAACAAUCACUUCUAGUUACUACAGAGGAGCCCAUGGCAUUAUAGUGGUGUACGACGUUACGGAUCAGGAAUCUUUCAACAACGUGAAACAGUGGCUGCAAGAAAUAGACCGCUAUGCCAGCGAAAAUGUGAACAAGCUAUUGGUAGGGAACAAGUGUGAUCUGACCACAAAGAAAGUAGUAGACUACACAACGGCGAAGGAGUUUGCAGAUUCCCUUGGGAUUCCCUUUUUGGAAACCAGCGCAAAGAACGCCACAAACGUAGAACAGUCUUUCAUGACCAUGGCUGCUGAGAUCAAAAAGCGGAUGGGCCCUGGAGCGACCGCCGGCGGUGCCGAAAAGUCGGUUAAAAUCCAGAGCACUCCAGUCAAGCAGACCAGCGGAGGUUGCUGCUAAAACUCGCCUCUCCCCCCCCCCUUUUUUUUUGUCUCUCAACAAUGAAUCCGAACCCAACUGAAAAUUAAAAACAAAAGCAAAGCCUGAAUUGUACUGUAUGUAGCUGCACUACAAACAGAUUCUUUAUCGUCUCCACAAAGGUCAGAGAUUGUAAAUGGUCAAUACUGACUUUUUUUUAUUCCCCCCCCCCCCAAAAUCGAUAAAAGGUAACUUCAUUUUCAGAAACGUGUUAAACCUCUCCCCCCGCCCGUGUGCGUGCCGGUUUAUAAAAAAAAAAAAGGUGUGUACUCCUUGUUGCUUUAUUUUUCCUUAGUACCAGACUGUUUCUGUGGUUGGCUAAACUUGGAAUAUAUAUAUAUUUUUUGUUCUGAUUAUAUCGGCAUGUUUAGAUGCCAGGUUUAGUCUUCUGAAGAUGAAGUUGAGCCCCUUUUUGUAUCCCCACCCCAACAGCACAACUGUCGUCCAUCACUUUUCCCACGCAUAAAAGUUCCUUAAAGACAUUCUGUGUAAGAUCGGAUUUGCUAGUUCCUUUGUGUAGAGCUGUAAAUGGGAAAAAAACAGCCAGUGACUGGGAUCCACACCAAUUUAGUUCCGGGCACUUAGUGGGGAGGCAGGAAAGUUUAUCCACCCAUGAGCCCCCCUCUCUCCCCUCCCACUAUGCCUCUUGGCUGACCCCUUUUGAAAUCCGGGGGGAGUUGGAUGAGCAUUUCUGAUCUGGCUGCCGUCCGAAGGAAAAUUGAAGGGAGGGAAUUGCCCCCGCACUGUCAGCUUAUCCUCAAGCGGCUGCCGGAUCCCUGCCAUUGACUCUUCCGUCAUACUCUACACAUAAUUUGUGGCUGCCGAACAUUGUAAAUUGUCGCACAACCUGUAACGAACCGGAGAAACGUUCAAUAAAUAUUGUACUUAUUGGAAAGUAAUAUCAUACUGUAUGGUGAUAAGUAUUGUCUUAAUUCUUACCGCUAAGGGGGAAAAGGCCGGUGUUCUGCCUCCGAGUCUGUCUACCUGUUACUGUACAUCAGAGGCAUUUAGAAGCUUCCUUAGACCAGAUGCUCCGAGCUCAGCGACUCCCUAGCAAGUACGGCUUAAGUUGUCAUGACGUUUCUGACAUCUACGCUACACUCGGAAUGAAGAAUUUAGUGUAACAUUGUUUAUUAUAGGAUCAUAAUCACUAAGUGUACCAUACUCUGCCCACCCAUACUCCCCUUCUUAAGUGUCUGGAUCGUUUUCUAAAUGAUUCCAUUUAGAAAUAAAGUGUCUCUCUUUUUUUUUUUUGCUCUGUCGUAGAAGACGAAAAACGAUAUUUUCGCCUUUUAAUAUACUGAAUGACUUCAAAACUAACAAGGUGAUGUUAAUUCUGGCGCUGUUGUUGUCUUUUUUUCUAUAUAAUGUUACUUUCAUUCUCUCACAAUCAAAACUCUGUUGACUUUAAUAAAACUUAGUGCAAUUUAUUGGUUGGCUCGGUGAUAGCACAAAGGCGCAAGGAAGCUGGGAGUGUUGGGAGCCCGUAAGAAGUUUAAGGGAUCGGAAGGCUGUCGUCUCACAUACGGAGAGGAGCUUCUUCGAUACGAAACAUUGAGUCUGAGCCGUAGGAUUUUUUUGUACAGAGAGACUAAAUCCAUUAGUGCCUGACAUCUGGAUUUCUCAUCACCAACUCGAUCAGCGACUAGCCGAUCUCCUUUGCGAAAGAUUCGUUCGAAAUUGCCGCUACGGCUAUUUUUCCGUACAAAGAAGCAGCCGGAUGUGACUGCAAGAUCCCACCCCUUGGGGUAUGCUGGAAGGCAAGUGUGCGAGCAGAUCACUAAAACCGGAAGCUGCCUCCCGGACGGUGGAGAACCAGACGCCGGUGGACUCCAUCCACCGCUGAAAUAAUAAGAGUACUUUAAGCCUUCAUAUUGUUGUCGGAAGAUUGGAAAUUAUUGAAACUUUGAAUUUGCUCUCCUGAGAAUUUCACAAUAAAGUGUACUUCAUAAUGA